UACGAUCAUUAACCACGACGACACCAGAGAGAGAGAGAGAGAGAGAGAGGUUCCGGUGUGAAAUGGCUCUUCUUCUCAACGUAUCUUUGUCUCCCAACCAAAUCACACUAAGAACUCCAUUUUCUCUUCCCAGAGCUCACACUCACUUUUCCCUCCACUGCUGCUAUCUUGCGCCCCAUGCGCAGAAGAAGAAGAAUCACCUAGAAGCUUCUCCUCCGAGUCUUCUCUUUUAUUCUCUCGGUGAAUCGAUCUCCAGGGCGACCUUCCUCGCUCUGCUCUCUGCUUCACUGUUCCUAGUUGAUCCUGCGCUCGCUUUCAAGGGUGGAGGUCCGUACGGUUCUGAGGUGACUAGGGGUCAGGAUCUCACUGGCAAGGAUUUUAGCGGCAAGAGUUUGAUCCAGCAAGAUUUCAAAACGUCAAUAUUGCGACAAGCGAAUUUUAAAGGCGCCAAGUUACUUGGUGCUAGCUUCUUCGAUGCCGAUUUAACAGGGGCUGAUCUUUCAGAUGCUGAUCUAAGAGGUGCAGACUUUUCGUUGGCAAAUGUAACAAAGGCAAAGUUGAUUAACGCUAAUUUGGAAGGUGCACUUGCUACAGGAAACACAUCUUUCAGAGGAACAGAUAUAACUGGUGCUGACUUCACUGAUGUGCCUUUAAGAGAUGAUCAACGGGAAUACCUUUGCAAAGUUGCUGAUGGGGUAAAUCCAACAACUGGAAAUCCAACACGAGAGACAUUGCUCUGCAAUUAGUAAUCCAUUGGUCGAAGUAUAGAAUAACAUUGCAAUAGAGGAGAUUGGUGUCGCUGCAUCUGUAACAGCUGCAGUGUACAAGAGUUGAGCUUGGCAUAUAUUGUUUUGCAAUUGUUUAGUAGUUACGUAUCUAAAACUAAGAAGAAAGGUAUAUGAUUAUUUUUCA